AGCGCAAGUGUGCCAUUCCAUACAUACGGGAGACUCAUUCGCGUGCCUCCGUCCGACACAGUAGGUGACCCUUUCUCGUCUACUCACACACCCAAAGGCAAUGUACGAUGAUGACCGCGGAAUCAUUCUUCGCUCAGCUAACGCUCAUCUCGCGCUAGUUCAUAAGAUAACGGCGAUGCGUGCGAACGUAUCGCUUGUUGCGCUCUGCGCACUAGCGGCACUGUCCGCCGUCCAGACAGCAAACAUCCUCUGCAUCAUGACCGUGCCUAGUCCGAGCCAUCACAUUUGGAACCGUGUCAUCAUGGAGGAGCUGGUAGCCCGGGGCCACAAUGUAACGGUCGUCUCCCAGGAUGGUGAUGCAUCACGCACAAACCUUACCUACAUCAUGCUGGAAAAGGUAUACUCCACCCUGUACGAAGACGAAGGGCUUGAUCUGCUGGAAGUGUCGAAAGAAACCCCCUUUCAAUCACUGUUCACCUUCCGCGAGUUCUAUCUCGGCAUGUGCCGGGGAGCGCUCAAGUCGAACGGAUUGAACGUGAUCCUCAACUACCCCGACAGCUUCCGGUUCGAUCUCGUACUGUACGACUUUGGCUGUGGACCGUGUUUGCUACCGUUGCUGCACAAGUUUAACUACCCGCCGCUGGUCGCACUGACCGCGUUCAGCAAUCCACCGUACUCGGUGGACAUUGUGGGAGGUCAUAAGCAUUUUGCGUACACGCCACACUACGCCCUGCCGUACGGGUUCGACAUGAGUUUCACCGAGCGGGCCUACAACACGUACCUCUGCCUGUGGGAUGCUGGUUUGCGUAAGUUUACCAUCAUGCCCCAGCUGGACGCAAUGGUAAGGGACCGGUUCGGCUUCAACGACAUGCCCUACCUACAGGACAUUGAGCAGCGCACGGUUCUGAUGCUGGUUAACACUAAUCCCGCGUUCGAUGCACCGGAACCACUGCCACCGAAUGUGAUUGCGAUCGGAGGAGCCCACAUUAAGGAACCGAAACCACUGCCCAGCGAUUUGGAGGAGUUUGUGGGGAAGGCCAAAAAAGGGGCCGUACUGUUUUCGCUCGGUUCCAACAUCCGGUCGGACAUGAUUGGUGAGCAGCGUCAGCGGAUGUUUAUCGAAGCGUUCCGCCAAAUGCCGGACUAUCAUUUCCUGUGGAAGUUUGAAUCGAAACUGAACCUCCCGUUGCCACCGAACGUGAUCAUUCGGCCGUGGAUGCCCCAGAACAGCAUCCUGAACCAUCCCCGGACGCGAGGAUUCAUCACACACUCGGGUGGAUUGAGCACGCAGGAAGCGUCCUGGUUUGGCGUACCACUGAUCGGAAUGCCGUUCUUUGUCGAUCAGCAUCGUAACCUCAAACGCUCCCUCAUUGGUGGGGUGGCCGAGCCGCUCGAUUUUGGCGCGCUGUCGACGGAGAAAAUACGCGCCACCGUGUUGAAGGUGCUGGAAACACCGAUCUACCGGAAGAACAUGCAACGUCGGGCGAUGUACUUCCGCGAUCAGCCGGAAAAACCGCUCGAUCGCGCGAUCUGGUGGAUCGAGUACGUGCUGAGACAUCCGACGGUGGAGCAUCUACGCUCACCGACGCUGAAGCUGGGCACGGCGAAGUCUAAUCUGUUGGACGUGUAUGGUUUCUUUGCUGGAGUUAUCUUGUUCGUGUUAUGGUUGGCCUUGUUCAUAGUAAGACGCGUAUGCUGUGGACGUAAAAUGAAGCCGAAAAAGAAGCAACAGUGAAUGUUGGUACGCUUUGCAGAGUGGAGAUAACUGAGAUUUUAACCUUUAUUUGCGUUAGAAAUAGUUUUGUUGUUUUAGUAAAUUUUAUAGUUGAAGAUAAAUACAAAAUAACGAAUUUGUAACUGA